AUGAAUUCCUCAUCCUCAACAGCAAUUCGAAACUCUACUGUUAUUUGGUUGGCUGCAAACAGUAAUGACACUGAUUCGAUCGUACAUCUUCAACGUAUGAUCAAUACAAGUAAAAUAUUCACGGAGGUUCACCGAUGUAUUGACUAUUUGACAGAUAUUCAAACAAACAAAGUCAUCGUGAUAAUCGAUUGGACUUUCGAAAAUGAAUUAGUAUCACUGAUUGAUGAAUUGGCUCAAGUUGAUUCGAUAUAUUUGUUGAAAAGUGAAAACGUACAUCAUCAUCAUCAUCCGUGUACUUUAGUAUCAACAAAAUUCAAAGGGACUUUCGAGAAUAUUGAAUCAAUUUGUAGUGUAAUCAAACGAAAUAUUCACCAACGGAACGAUACUGAUUUAUCAAUUACCGGUAUCUCUUCAGAAGAUAUUUUAAGUAAUAAUUUAAAUCGUCUUGACUCAUCCUUCAUGUAUUCUCAAAUGCUCAAAGAAAUUCUUCUUGAAAUUCAAUACAAUACUUCGGCUAAGACUGAAAUUGCAAAGUAUUGUCAUGACGUUCAAAGUUGUGGUGGGACACAAAAUGUUUCGUCCGUUAUCACUGAAUUCGAACGAGAUUACGAUGAACAUUCGCCGAUUUGGUGGUAUACUCGAGAUUGUUUUACUUAUGUCAUGUUAAACAAAGCAUUAGGAGAGCAAGAUACAAAAACAUUGAUCAAAAUGGGUUUCUUUUUACGCGAUGUUCAUCAACGAAUUGAAGAUCUUCAUCGGAAGAAAACUUCAAGUCAGAUGACAGUUUAUCGAGGACAAGGCAUAUUUGAAGAUGAAUUCGAGAAGAAUAUUCGGAAGAAUCCAGGCGGCCUUCUCUCGUUCAAUGCGUUUCUUUCAACAAGUCUCGAUCGUGACGUGUCACAAGUGUUUGCUGAGUCAGUCUGUGAAGAUCCGGCACGAUUGGGCAUUCUGUUUCAAAUGGAUAUUGAUAGUUCAAUUUCAUCUGUACCAUUCGCGGAAUUAGAAGGCGAAGAUUCAUUUUUUGGUUCGGAACAAGAAAUUCUCUUUUCUAUGCAUACAAUCCUUCGUAUUGAUGAAAUCAAGAAAAUUAGAGAUCGAUUUUGGCAUGUAAAACUCAAAUUAACCAGUGAUCAUGAUGCAGAAUUGGUGUGUCUUAGCAAACAGAUACGUGCAGAAAUUGGUGGGGGACCAGCAGCGUAUCGAUUGAGCUAUUUAUUGAACAAAAUGGGUAAAUUCAUUGAAGCCACUAGUGUACUCUUUGAACUUUUAAAUACGAUACCAAUAAAUGAUUGGAGAUUUAUUGCUGAUAUUGAUCAUCAACUCGGAGCUGUGUUUAGGCGAAAAGGAAAUUAUAACAUAGCACUAUCAUUCUAUAACGCAGCAUUGAACUAUUUACAUCGGAUUUUUCCAGUCGAUUAUAAAUCUUUUGGCAUUACCUACAAUGAUAUUGGAGAAAUACAUCGAGAACAAGGAAAUAAUCUCAAAGCAUUGGCAUAUUAUCAAAAGACGUUGGAUCAUUUCGAACAAUCAUUUAAUCGUAUUUAUUCAUGGGACACUAAAUAUCCUGAAAAAAGUCUUCCGCCGAAUGAUCCAUCAUUCGCUAUCAUCUAUAAUAAUAUUGGCGCAGUGUAUAUGGCGAAAGGUGAUCAUUUACAUGCACUUUCAUUUUAUAACAGAACACUUGCUAUUGAGCAACGUUCGUUGCCACCCGAACAUCCAUCGUUAGCGGUUACUCAUAAUAAUCUUGGCACUGUCUAUCAUGCAGCAGAGAAUUAUCAAGCGGCACUUGUCGAGUUUGAUAAGUCGAUUUGUAUUGCUGAGAAAUCCACUGAACCUAAUCAUCCGAGUAUUGCGGUAACUUAUGCCAACAUGGGUGGUGUUUACGAAUUCAUGAAUGGUGAUUAUUCGACAGCGUUGCUGUACUAUGAAAAAGCGUGUUCGAUUCUUGAAACAAAUGGUGCGCUUAACAAUCCUGAUCUUGCUGCAGUGUAUCAAAAAAUCGCCAGUGCGUAUUAUUUGAAAAGGGAUCCCUGGAGUGCACUGGGUGCCCUUGAAAAAGCCCUUCGAAUUCAAAAAAGCAAUCUAGUAUCUAAUCGACUCUCCAUUGCACGAACUUUUGCCGUAAUGGCUAGAGUACAAUAUAGUCUUCAUGAAAUUGAGAAAGCCUUUUAA